AUGUCAGUGAAAAUAUUUGUAGAAAUCGGUCACGUGGCCACCGUCAAGAGCCGGCCUACCGCCGAGGGCUACACGCACGACUGGGAGCUGUUUGUGCGCGGUCCGGAUGGGGCCGACAUCAGCCACUUUGUCGACAAGGUGGUCUUCAAUUUGCACGAUUCUUUCCCACGACCGAAACGAGUUUUCAAAGAACCGCCCUAUCGUGUGAAGGAAGCCGGUUACGCAGGAUUUAUGUUGCCGGUUGAGGUGUACUUUAAAAAUCGUGACGAUCCGAAGAAAGCCCUGUUCAACUACGAUCUCGAUCUUACGCCAGUCAAAAGCCAGCGUGAGGAAUAUGUCUUUCCCAAUCCUUCGGAUGAGUUCCGUCGGAAGCUCCUGAAGGGCGGUGGUUUUCCAGUGGCAGGCGGUGGUGCAGCUGGUACCGGAACUGGCGGCAGUAGCAGCAUUGCCAGCAAUGAUUACAAAGCCAACCGUGGCCAUAGCGGUGGGGACCGGUCGGGCACGUCGCAAGAGAAAAAAUCCAAAUCCAAAUCCUCUACGGAUGAUUCGAAAGGACAGUUUGUGGAUCUAUUUGGUUCACCGGGCUACAUUUCCCAUAAACCGGGCAGCGGUGGUGGUAGUAAGGUGUCGCCGGAUCCAAAGCAACAGCAAUCAGCCGGAUCAUCCGCUGGUGGUGGCAGUAAGACGUCACCUGGUGGUGGUGGCGCACCGGGCAGCAUUAGCAACAACUCCAGUGCCAGUGGCAAGAGCCAAAUGAGUCAAAAAUCGUCGAACGACCGGAACGUCAGCAACAGUAGCAAUGUUUCUGGCUCAUCGGCAUCAACUUCGUCGUCGAAGGAGAAGGACAAAUCUUCCUCCCGCCACAAACACUCCAGCCCCAACAAGGAAAGCAAAAAGUCCUCUUCCAGCGCGGGCACCGUACCGGUGCCGUCGUCCGGCAUGGUGGAGGAAAAGCAUAGUAAAGACAAGAAGGACAAAACCCACUCGAAGGAGCGAGAUAAAGCAAAUGGUAAGGAAAAGAACUCCACCAGUAACAGCGCCGCUGGUGGAGGUGUAUCAGUGUUGACCUCGUCAUCUGUCGCGUCCGUGAAACGCCCUGUAACGGCCAGUCCCAAGCGCAACAACAUCACGCCUGGUGUCAGUUCGAAUUCAAACGGUAGUGUUAGUAAUAAUAGUAAUAAUCCUACAGUUCCUACUAGUGGUACGAGCAGUAAUAGCGCCUCGGCUCCCGGUGGUGCCCUCGGCGGAGGCAAAGGAUCGGACGGCAAACGAAGCGCUGGUAAUGCUGGUGGUGGUAACGAGAAGGAAAAGAAGAGCAGCAAGAAGGAUAAAAAAAGCUACGACAAGGAUAAAGAUCGUACUGAUUCUUCCAGCGUGCGGAAAACGGAACAAAAAUCGGGCGUUUCGACGGGCGGUGCUAUCUUUUCGAAGGAUACAUCAAAAUCAGCCCCCGGUCCCGUGGGAUCGGCCAGUAAAACCAACUCCUCACAUCACUCCACUGACGGUGCCCUAGGUAACAAGGAAAGUACCGGCAGCAAGUCGUCAUCUGGCGUUCCGACAAUUAAUGCCAUCGCAAACGCCUCGGGGCCACCAGCCGUUGGUUUCGCGAAAGAAAAAAAGGGCGAUACGGGGUCAGGAGCUACUAAAUCGGACCAAAACACCGGACCGGCUUCUUCGAAAGUGGCCGAAAAAACGCAAGACUCAAAAGAUCGUGAAAAGGACGAACGGAGACAUAAGCACAAGAAAAAGGAUAAAUCGAAGGACAAGGAAAAGGAUCGACCGUCGAGUGGGAAAGACAAGAAGGAUCGACAGAAGGAAAAGGCGUCUGGUGACCACAAAGCAGCCGCCACCGGCUCGUUCUCAACUCCAACGCGGGAAACGAACGAGGGAAGCGCUACUGUGCCAUCGAAAGCAAAGCACGCCUCAACCAGCGUCGAUCCAACCACCAAACCACCCGGUCACGAUCGGCAGCAACCCACUCAAGGCUAUGGUGCCAGUGGGGCGCAGCAAAAGCAUCACGGCGUGAAGACGUCCACCACACCGAUGACCGCAGCACUGAUUGGUGAUAUCAGUGAGGGGGAACAUUCAGACGGCUCCGAUACUCCCGACAGCCGGCCGCCGUCGACAGUAGCCAACGAAAAAGAUUCGGAAGCAUCGAACAGUAGCAUAGCGGAUCUCAUCGGUGGUAAUGGCCCGCAUCAUCAGCAACAACAGUCACAGCAACAGCAGCCCCGAUCCUCGUCGACAACUUCCACCAGCACGACCGGAUCCACACGGCGAGAGUUAGCUCAGAACUCGUCCGAACGGCAUCAUCACAAGUGGAAAAAAGAGAAACCACCCAAAGCAGGUGGAAGCUCGGCGGCCACGGCAACACCUCCUCCGGGGCCAGAUGCAAAGGACAGUGCGUCCAAAGAGUCGAGCAAGAAACGUAAGCGAAAAACUAAAGACAAUGAACUGGCAACCGAAAAGGCACCUAAAGACGGAACGGUCACUGAACCGUCGAUGGCGACUGGUCGGCGCAGCCCCUCGCCACCUUCUCCGCCCGCUUCGACUGGCAGUCUGAUGGAACCGCCUUCUAAAAUACCGAAAAAGGACGACCAUCUGUUUGACAGUGGUAUCGGUGUCGACUCUGCCAAUAACAAUAACAUCAUCACCAAGCAAUCGGCGGUUGGCACUGGGGGCACUGUGGCUAGUGGUGGUGGUGGUGAUAAUGGUGGCAGCUCAUGGUCCAGUGGAACGGCAGGAACUGUCCAGGGCAGUGGAGCGGCAGGAACCGGUGCCAGCGAACUAAACAACUCCACCAGCACUGCCAACAACACCGCACUAACUGGGGACUACAUGUCGGAGCUGAAGGACCUGCAGCACAAAAUCAUGACCCUGAAGGAUAACAAUGAGCUGCAGCGCGUGGUGGAAAUGAUUGCCGCUACCGGGUGCUACGAAAUCACGAAGUAUACGUUCGACUUCGAUCUGUGCGCCCUCGAUCGGCUGACCGUGCAGCGGUUGCAGGAAUUUUUUACCAGAACUUGAUGCUAGAGCGUGGCGAUCCUUUUCGAGCAAACGGAACAAAACUGCGAAGUAAAUGCAAAUUAGAUUAAGAAUCGAGCGUAGAGACAGAAUUACUGAUAGAACGGUGUUGAAAUGUAUAUUCAGUUUUCUCUUGAAGUACUCCACAAUUUGUGCACGUUUUGCUGUAGAUAUAUUUAUAUUAUUUGGUUAAAACGGUCGGGCUUAUAAAUUUAUAGAAAUGUUUGCAUAUUUGUGUUGUCGAAAUUACACAAACAGACGAAUGAUAGAGAGAGACGGAAAAGAGAUUGAUUCAGAGAUUUUUUCAUUUCUUCGUUAAUAGGCUAGACUAAUUCUAGGAACAAAAUCCUAUCACUAUAAGCAAGGCCAAGGAAUUCCGCGACGAAUUUG